UGGGAAGGACAGCUGUUACAAUAUGAUGCAGUGUGUGGCUGCUGGGCACCAGAUUGUUGCAUUAGCGAACUUACGGCCUGCUGAAAACACAGCGGAGACAGAUGAGCUGGACAGCUACAUGUUUCAGACAGUAGGACACCAUGCCAUUGACCUGUAUGCUGACGCAAUGGACUUGCCCCUUUAUCGUCGCACUAUAAAAGGAACCAGUGUGGACAUUGGAAGAGUAUAUACCAGGUGUGAAGGAGAUGAGGUUGAAGACCUUUACCACCUUUUGAAACUUGUUAAGGAACAGGAAGAAGUGAAAGGCGUCUCUGUGGGAGCCAUUCUUUCAGACUAUCAACGUGUUCGUGUAGAAGAUGUUUGUAAGAGACUUAAUCUGCAGCCUUUAGCUUAUCUUUGGCGUCGAAACCAGGAAGCUUUGCUCAGAGAAAUGAUAUCUUCGGAUAUUCAAGCCGUGAUCAUAAAAGUGGCAGCUUUUGGUUUAGAUCCAGAUAAACAUCUAGGAAAAACACUGGAUCAAAUGGAGCCUUAUCUUUUAGAGCUUUCUAAGAAGUAUGGAGUCCACAUUUGUGGAGAAGGUGGCGAAUAUGAAACAUUCACUCUGGACUGCCCUCUAUUUAAGAAGAAAAUCGUUGUGGACUCAUCUGAUGUAAUUAUACAUUCGGCUGAUGCAUUUGCACCCGUGGCCUAUCUUCGUUUUCUAAAAUUACACUUAGAGAAUAAGGUGGAAUCUUCAGACAAGUUUAUGGACAGUAGCUGUUCUUGUGAAGUAACCUGUAAUGAGGAUAAUGUGUUACCUGCAGCUGAGGAAGAUGGACCGAAGGACAUUCCUCCUAUCGUCUGGAAAUCAUUGAAACAUAAUUCUCUUCAGUAUAGUAAGACAUUAGGAUGUUCAGGAAAAUCCCUAAGUGGUUACCAGUGGGUUUCAGGAAUCUCUGCCUGCUUUCUUCCAGCAGAAGGCAAAAGUAUUCAAGAUGCAGCUCUGGAAGUGUUUUCUUCUCUCCAAGCUAAUAUGAAUUCCAUGGGAUUUGAACUGAAAGAUAUUAUUUUGGUCCAUUUGUAUAUGAAGAGCAUGAAAGAUUUUGCUGUAAUAAAUUCAGCCUAUGUGACAGAGUUUGAUUUGUGUCCACCGGCAAGAGUGUGUGUAGAGGUCCCAUUGCCCGAUGGAAUACUGUUUUGGAUUGACUGCCUUGCACAUAGCUGUGACUUUACGACUGAUGACGUAUCCUGUUAUGAAAAGCAGGUCAUGCAUGUACAGAGCAUUUCUCACUGGGCACCUGCUAACAUAGGACCUUACAGUCAGUCAGUCAAGAUUGGAGAUGUUCUCUACUGUGCUGGACAGAUUGCACUAGUACCUUGUACUAUGCAGCUUGUAAGUGGUGGCAUACAGACUGAGACCACAGUCUCCCUACGUCAUGUUGAGAAAGUCCUUAAAGCUAUGAGUCCCAAUACUGAACUCCAGCAUGUCCUUAUGGCAAACUGUUAUGUAACUGACAACAAGUACAUUCCUGUUGCUCAUGCUAUAUGGGAAAAGAAAUUAAAAGAAGACAAAAAGGCAGAAGACUCCAUAAUGUGCAGUGAUCUACCCGCAGUGUGUGGAACACUAGCUGUGGUUGUGGUACCGCACCUACCCAGAGAGGCACUCAUUGAGUGGCAUGUCAUUGCAGUAGUGGAUGAUCCAUUACAAAGAAAAACUUUUUCAAUGAAGAUGUUUUCAAAGGGCUGCCAAAUUGAAUGUGAGGUUGUGGAGUCCAGUUCUGCCACUAGUGCAUCAAUCUCAGUAUGCCUAAGCCUGACUUCACCAUCUGUUUCUUCAGUUGAUUUAGAUACAACUCUCCAAGAUAUGGUUGCUGUUUUUAGGCAAGCUGUCGAGAAACUUUCCGAAGACUGCACUGCAAUACCUUUGUGUUUUAGAACUUUCUACAAGAAGGAUAGCUUCAGUACUGAAAUACUACAAGCAGAAUGGGAAAUACCCAUGAAGCAAUGUAUUUUAGUGCAGUUUACAACCAUGGCCCAGCUGAGGUUAUUAUGGACAAUUGUGUCAGACAUCAAAGAGCCCUUGGUACUGAAGGGAGAGAAGGAGGUCACUCUCCCCUUAUCCUCCCUGACUGACCCACACUUGAUGAAGCAGCAGCAAUACAGUAACUGAGGUUCUUGAAUCUUUCUGUAGUCAAUGUGUGUUGCACAAGUAGAACCCUGCCAUUUUUGGGACUCUUCUGCUAUGGUGGACUUCAAACUGAGAGACUGCAAAAGAAGAGCGGUGAUCAUUCUCCAUACUGAAGCACAGUUAUUGUGAUUCAAAUCUUUUUAGUCUAACAUACUUUAUAGUGGAAAAAACACUGAAGGCUAUGUCUGAAAUAACCACAAUUAUUGUAAGGUAGUAGAGUAAGUAACCAUUUUAUUUUAAUUGAACACUGUUGUGUUAAUGAACUUCCAUUGCUCAUGUUUGGAAAGAAAGGUAGUACUCAACAGGAAACAAAUAACCAUACCUUAUUGGUCUGUAAUUGUGGUUAGAUCCAUAGCUGGCCAUGGUGGACUUACUGAUGAGCUUAGAAUGGCUGUGCAUUGUCCCUUUUACCAAGCAUGAAGGAGACACAAAGAUGCUUCAGUUAAGCAGGGCUUGAAAUCAUUGGAGUGGGGGAAGGAACACUGCCACAAAUCUGCCCAAAUGAGCUUUCGAUUAAAAGAGUGCUUUUUAUUGGCACAAAGAAGUUCAGUGUUCAGAUGAACCAGCCUGCACAAAUUAGAGCAGCCUGUUUGCAGCUGACAAAGUAAGAUGAGAACUGAGAAUAUGUGCACUCUGUGAGUUGUAACAGAUUACUGGGAGGUAUUAUAGCCAGUGUUAUUGAUGUCAGAAGCAGCUAAAAGUUUGUGAUGCAAAUUUGAGAUAGAUAGCUUUCUGUCAGCCUAAGACUAGAUAUAAAGUUUUAUUGAACAAAGUGUAGUCCUGAUGGCGAACUUCUCAGAUGCAAUCCCUCAUAACACACGAGAGCAUUAUAGGCACCGUGCUGAGACCACAGAACGUGUUAGAAGUAGGAGGAUUAGAUUAAGCUGACACAUAUACUUAGUAAGAUGCUGUUAAGCCUUUAGAAGUCUUUAACAUAAAUUUGACCAUUUCUUUCUUAUUCUCAUUUACAUACCCAUAUUAAUAUAAACGUGUCAGGAUGAUUUGCCAUACCAUCCGGUCGACCAGAUUAUACCUCAGUAUAGGAAUGUUGCAUGGCCAUAAUUCACAUCAUAAUGAUUUCACAAACCUUGUUCACAUGUUAUAUGCAAAAAUACUUUUAAAUAUUUAAUAGGAAGGGGAUGAGGUCUUGUAUUCACUAAAGCACCAUUUAACAUAAUCCAUUUUUUAAUGAUAUAGAAAAAUUAAGGAGAAAACACAACUAGGUAAAAGAAAAUAUGGAUGCCAAAUAUAAUUUGGUAACAGAAUAAUAAUAAAUAAAUCAUCAAUUGAAAAUGUAACUCUACUCUGAAAAAUAGCUCUGAGGAAUUAAAGACAUUUUGGACUUCUUUAUUUAUUAAGCAUCAGUGGUAGUACACUUGUUUCAUUUUCAAGAACAAUAUAUAUACAUAUUUUGCCUAAUAGUCCAUAGGAUUGCAAAGGACGAAAGAGAAAAAUGAGAUUUGUCACACUUAUCUGGGAUGCAGAAUAUUCUUUUCCAAUGAGGAAUUAAUUAUUUAUCAAGUGGAACAGCUUAUCACAGUAGUGACUGAGAGAGCACUCUGGAAGAAUAGCCAGUUCUUUAGCCAGAAUAGCCAGCUCCAGGGCACGCCCUGGAGUGUGAGACAAUGCAGUUCAAAUCCAAAAUUGAAGUUUGGCUUCCCACAUCACAAGCGAGUGCCCUACCUGCCAUACCAUUUGCUGUUCUAGGGUAUGUAUAGGUCUCUUCCUAAUAUUCAUCCUUAUCAAAACUAGUAUGUACAUUUCUGUGAUAGUUUUUAAUUUCAACAAAAUGCUGCUUUCUGAUUUUUUUUAAAUUCCUGUUACAGCAGAAACAGUUAACGCUGCUGCUGUAACUUCAGGCAUAAUUUGUCGUUGCAACUGAAACUUAGGUAACAGAUUUGUGGAUUAUAUGAGGUGAGUCAGAAUGAACCCUCUCCUAUAACUGACAGUGCUGACAGCAGUAAAGAGAAAGUUAAAAACUUCUUGUGAACGUGAAGUAAAAGGUGAUAUAUCUGUGAAUACAAACAAGGGGUGCAUCCUGAUGAGCACAUACUUGCAGUUUGCGGAGCCUCAAAGCAGUUUGAGGCAGUGCAAACCACACACAGCGCAUGUGCACCCAUUUGCUGUGUUGCUAAUUUGUGGCAUAGUGGGGUUUUUUGACACUGGGAGUCAC